ACCUGCCGAUCGGGCACCGGCGCCAGCGGUUAACAAAACAAAUGGGUGAUCCCACAUUGAUUAAAUUUUUAUUGCCCGCCACCUUGUUCAUCUUCAUUACCUUGUUCAAGAGUGUACCGACCUAAAGUUUUUGACUCUGGCGGCCGGAGCAGAUCUCAUCGAUGGCUCCUUCCUGACACAAGCGUCUCCCAGCACGUUAGUACCUAAUUAAAGGAACUUACCCUUGCUUUAUGCGAGUCCUUAUUUUUUUUUCCAUUUAUCACUUUUUCGUCCUCGGUGCUUGAUUUAUUUGGCCACUCGGGUUUCUUCUUCAAAUUUUGAAAACUUGCUGCCAACGCAGCGUGGGAAGACGACCACCGUGGCGCCAAAAAUGGGCAUGCGAGUGGCGGCCAAAGCAGUUGGCAUUGAUCAAGAUGCAAAAUCACGCCACCUUCCCGACGACCUGAAAGCGCGGGCUCUGGGGGCAGUUAUGCCACUGGAUCCCUUCUUUGAGGAGGACCCAACCGUUAAGGAGUGGCUCCUAGAGCAACGACCGACACUGGCUGGGACCUCGAGAUACAUCACAAGUCUUUUUCCCUUUGUACGCUGGAUAGGCCAUUACAAUUUACAAUGGCUCAUGGGAGACGUCAUUGGCGGCAUUACGCUCGGGUUCGUUGUUGUCCCUCAAGCAAUGGCCUAUGCAAUCCUUGCCGGCCUUCGUCCAGAGUUCGGACUCUACACCUCCUUUACCGGCGCCGCACUCUAUUGGCUGUUCGGCACAUCCAAAGACAUCGCCAUAGGAGCCACAGCUGUAGUGUCGCUGCUGGUGGGUAAGAUAAUAGAGGCGGCACGCGCUGAAAAUCCCGAGUCCGCCCCCGAGGAAGUGUCAAAGACCAUUGCGGCCUUGUCCGGGUGCUUCCUCUUGGUAUUUGGCAUGCUCAGGCUGGACUGGUUGAUUGAGUUCAUCCCACAUGUCGCCAUCGCUUCCUUUGUCACUGGUGCGUCCGUCACCAUCACCAUCAGCCAGAUGCCAACCGUCUUGGGCAUUGCCGACAAGAUCAAUACCCGCGACGCCCCCUAUGCCGUAUUCGUCAAUACAUGCAGGGCAUUACCAAAAGCCACUGUCGGUGCUGCGGUUGGGUUGACCGCCAUUUUGAUCUUGCACGUUAUCAAGUCAUUCUGUGCUCGGAUGGCCGUCAAGCAGAAACACAAGGCAAAGAUGUGGGACACCAUCUCAUCCAUCCGCAUGACGUUUGUGAUCCUGCUUUACACGCUUAUCAGCUUCAUUGUGAAUCGAGGUUUGUCGCCAGAAGAAGCCAAGUUCAAAAUACUUGGCCCUGUGCCAACAGGCUUCCAAGCUGCUGGUACACCCUCUUUUAACCCUGAUCUCGUCAAGUUUCUCAUACCCCAACUGCCGGCGCUCCUAAUAAUUUUGAUCAUUGAGCAUAUCGCCAUUGGCAAGUCUUUUGCUCGACUCAACAACUACACUAUUGUCCCGUCCCAGGAAAUCAUUUCCAUCGGAGCCGCGAACCUCCUGGGACCAUUCCUUGGCGGUUAUGCAGCUACUGGAUCCUUCAGUGGCACUGCCAUCCUAAGCAAGGCUGGUGUUCGGACACCUCUUGCAGGGGUGUUCAACGGGUUGAUUCUCAUAUUGGCUCUUUAUGCCCUCACGUCAGUCUUUUAUUUUAUCCCUUCGGCGGCGCUGGCUGGAUUGAUCGUUCAUUGCGUGAGCAACUUGAUCACACCCCCCGCCACGCUCGUCAAGUACUGGCAGCUCGCUCCUCUCGAUGUCUUCAUAUACUUUGUGGGCGUUUUCCUUUCGAUAUUCCUCAGCCUUGAAACUGGCAUCUACGCUACCGUGGGCUUGUCGUUUCUCAUUCUCCUACUGCGCAUCGCGAGGUCUCAGGGGAGGUUUCUUGGCCGAGCGAGGAUGCAUGUUUUAUCAUCGCAUAGCAAAGGCGGUGGCCGCAGACCCAGUGAUGCAUCUGAGCAUUGGGAACAGAGGCUCCCAUCUCAGAGCUCACAGCAUUCCAGCAGUCUGGGCCAUGGCUGGGUGAACAAUGGCCGCGAGGUCUUUCUACCACUUGAUCGUCGUGAUGGUUCCAACCCAGCCGUAGAUGUCAGCUCUGUCCAUCCGGGGGUUUUCAUCUACAGGUUCACCGAGGGCUGUACUUACCUCAACCAAGCGCAGUGUGUUGAUCACAUCGUCGCCCAUAUUACCAGUCAUACUCGGAAAACAAACAUGAAUGAGUACAAGCGGCCAGGAGAUCGUCCAUGGAACGAGGCCGCAGUCAAGAAGACCGACCAACCCUCAGACUACCCCAAUGAACAAAAUCUGCCGCUUCUCCGCGCCGUCAUCUGCGACUUCAACACGGUGAAUCACGUCGAUAGCUCUGCAGUCGAGGGCCUGAUGGACAUGCGUGCACAGCUAGACCGCUGGGCAGCACCAGCCGCCGUCGAGUGGCAUCUGGCCGGAGUUCGCAGCCGCUGGACGCGCCGGGCGCUGGUCGCCGCCGGGUUCGGCUACCCUAGCGCAGUGACCAGCGGCGGAUUCUGGAUCCCCGGUUUCGACGUUGGUGCAACCUCUUCGGGAGACACUGCGACCGUCGUGGCUGAACCGCCAAGGAAGCACCCAGUCAGCCGCGCUGAUCAGGAAUGUGCCGACAUCGCAGACGCCACAACUCGGGUCAACAGCGUCGAGGACCUGGCCGACUGCGAGCUUGGGUUGGGUGACCGUUUGUCAAGCAGUGGAACUGCUACCCCUGGAUCGGUAGCGGGCCACCUACGGCACGUCUGCGACGAGGGGCACGCUGGUGCGUGUGAUGGGGCUUGUCGAGGCAAGUAUGCCCCGGUUUUUGGCAUUGAUCGCCCCUUUUUCCACGUUGAUCUGGUAUCUGCUGUGUCGAAUGCGGUGGAGAGUGCUAGGUGGAGAGACAAGAUUGGCGAAGCAGGACCGUGCUGAGUUGCCAAGUAUCUUUCUGUGCAACGCAGAUGUGAUUUUAUUUGUUUUUUUUUCUUCUUCUUUGUUUGGAUAAACACAAGUUAUGAUACCAGGGACAGAUGUUUUAGUGGCGAGUUUUCUGCGGCAUUGCAAUGGCGUUUUGGGGUCAUCAUGAACAUGGAAUAGCGAAUAGUAAAUAGACCAAAACUAGGUAUGAUAUUUUAA